UAUUUGUUUUUCCGCUACCUCAAAGUGGUUUCUGUUCAGACAGGAAAAAAUCGGCCAGUGGUUUUCCCGACACCUGGAAAGCUAAACGGUGAUUCGGUUUUCUCGAGAAAUUAUUUUCUCAGGAAACAAACUGUUGCAAGAGAACUGUGAUUUUUUUUUUUCUGAGCUCUUAGUUUUGAAUGAGUGAAAAUUAAGAGAAACUUCCAUAUACUGUUUGAGCUCAGCAAAUGUGAAAAGGCCUGUUGCUGUUACAGAUGCUGGAAUGAGGAUCUAGAUUUGGCAAAAAUUUGUUGUUAGGUUUAGUGAUUUUGAAUGCUUGUGGAUUUGUGCAUGGAAACAAGAGAAGGAUUAACUUCAGGGGUUACAGUGAUAGGAGCUGAAGCUCCAUCAACUUAUCAUGUGGCGCCAAGGACUGAAAAUACUAGCCAGAUGGGAUUGGCCGGAGCUGUGUCACCGCUUAGUGUGGGAUUGACUGGAACAACGGAGAAGAAGAAGAGGGGUAGGCCUAGGAAAUAUGGGCCGGAUGGGACAGUAGCUAGGGCAUUGUCGCCAAUGCCAAUUUCUUCUUCAGCUCCACCUGGUGGAGACUUCUCUGGCGGAAAGCUGGGUAAAGUAUGGUUUGAAAAAAAGAAGUACAAGAAAGUGGGAACGGAGAAUUCAGGUGAUUGGGCUUCUACUUCAGUUGGUACAAAUUUUACUCCCCAUGUCAUCACUGUCAAUGCUGGAGAGGAUGUUACUAUGAAGGUUAUAUCAUUUUCGCAACAAGGACCUCGAGCUAUUUGCAUUCUGUCUGCUAAUGGGGUAAUUUCAAAUGUUACUCUUCGUCAACCAGAUUCUUCUGGGGGUACUUUGACAUAUGAGGGCCGAUUUGAAAUACUUUCUUUGUCUGGAUCAUUUAUGCCUACUGAGAGUCAGGGAACAAGAAGCAGAUCAGGGGGGAUGAGUGUCUCCUUGGUGAGCCCUGAUGGUCGUGUUGUAGGAGGAGGUGUUGCUGGACUUCUAGUAGCUGCUAGUCCUGUGCAGGUUGUGGUAGGUAGUUUCCUGCCUGGUAAUCAACAAGACCCGAAACCAAAGAAGCUAAAGAUUGAUUCAGUACCAGCUGCCACUACACCUGCGCCAGCCAUAGUUGCUUCUCCUGUACCUGCUGCAUCUAAUCCAGAAAGAGAGGAGAAUAUGGGUGGAAACAGGCAACAAAAUCCCUCUUCCUUCAGGAGACAAGACUGGACUGCCAUGCAAUCAAUGCAAGACAUGAGAACAUCAGUUACUGAUAUCAACAUAUCUUUGCCAGAAGGUUGAUUUCAUUUGCCUUUGUGUGAGCAUCUCAAGGUGUUUGACUGACUACAUAGAAUGACCAUGGUAUUCCACUCGGAGUUUUAUGUUUCUCAUAUUUUCUAAAUUGUCUGUAAGCUUAUUGAAUCAUUGCUUUAGCAUGAAGUAGAGGCUGGACUGGGAGAUUUGAUUGUUAGGCUAAUUAAAGUAGGCCUCUUUUAGUUUGUGAUGGGUAGAGUAUUUGGAUGUGAACAAUGCUGGUUUGCCUUUUAUAUCUAUUUCUUAGUGACA